AUUGGGGAUUUCUAAGGGCUGCAGCCAUCACAGUCACCAUAUUCACUGUUGUAAGGUUAUUGGUGAGUCUUAUGCUUCUGGCGGAGAAAUCGAUUUGGGCAUACAUCACAGUAAAUGUUGCAGCCAUGGCAGUGUUAGAGCGACCACCUUUGCCUGUUAGAGGCUGGACGCUUGAAUGGCCACGUUUGCUCCUUCAAUACCACCCUACAACAACCGUCCCUUGGGUGGUAGGCAUGCUUAGAGAUUUUAGCCCAUAUGUGGAACUGAUGAGGAUCUUUAAUGGAUUCCGAGGCUAUGAUGAUAAUUGUUAACUUUCUCUUCAUUGGGCUUGUGUUAUUUCAACCUGUAACUUGGCAAGGCACACAUGCCAAUGGGCGUCUUUGCAGCCAUGGCAGUGUGGGAAUAUCACUUUCCCAGUAUACUCAAAUCUGAGCCUCCACGGUGUCCCAGAAGAAACCUUAUAUACUGUUGGACAUUCAACUCUGACCUCUUUGAUUAUAAUUUCAGUCUGCUGUCUUGUUUCUUUAAGAUGUAUGCAACCUUAGACUUCUUCAAAUAGAGAGGUUGUUUCGGUGAGAUCUUUGAUGCAUUGCUACAUCCGCUUUCUAAAACUUUAUUGAAAGUCCACUGCUAUAGCCAUCUGGACCUGGACUUUUGUUGUUAGUUUAAUAAGGAUAGGAAGUUCCU